AUGAAAAGAGUGGACCUUAGAGAGCAGGUGUCUGGCUUUCCAAAGCUCCAAGUCGGCUUCUUGCUGCUCAUACAAGUCGCUCAGUAUACAGCAGAGCUUUCAACAGAAUGCUACAUUUGGCAUAUUAUCAAGAGUUUCCACACGGCCAAAGCCCAUGAUGAAGUGCUCAAAUAUAUUGGCUACCUUGCUUUUGCCGACGGUGCCCCACAAGUCCUUACAUACAUCUUCUGGGCCUUCCAGGCCGAACGUUACGGCCGCAAGCCAAUCCUGCUGAUAGGCCUGAUUUCUUUGGCCUUUGCUAUGCUGCUCUACGGCUUUGGAAGAAAAUUCUAUCUGAUUUGGAUAGCAAAAUUUGCCGCUAGUCUGCUCAAUGCCAAUCACACUCUGGUGAGAACUGCUUUAGGAGAGGUGACGCCAUCACUCAACCACCAAGCUUUGGCAUUUUUAACCAUCCCGGUCUCCUAUUUCGUGGGAUCGUGGCUUGGACCCCUCAUUGGCAAUAAUCUCAUUACUCCAUGGAAUGGACCACCUCCUGCUGAUGCUCCGCCUGACAGACGGUUCAUCAAGGUCUUUCCGUUUGCACUCCCUAACAUUGUGCUGGCCAUCAUUCUGCUUUUUACGGCACUUUUAACGUUCCUCUUUUUCGAGGAAACUCAUCCAUAUCUCGACCACCAGGCAGAUAGGGGGCUUGCCUUUGGCAACGUCAUUAGAGAGAAGCUUGGUCUCUCUUCGUCCAAAGGGACUUACAGCCGCAAGUUUGAUACGGCAAAUGAUGGUCUCGUGAAUGGCGAGGACGACAUCGAGCUUCAAGACCCUACGGGCUCCGCAGAAGACAGUUCUGCUCCUGUUUUUUCCUCGUACAGCAGACCAAAGCUGAUUCAGAUGAUAAUCUCGCAUACUUUGUUUGGUUAUCUAUCUGCAGUGUUUGUAAAGCUUUCUGACUCUUACUUCACAGAAUCGUUGAAAAAAGAGUCCAUUGGGUUUCCCUUCAUGUUCAAAGGAGGAUGUGGAAUUAGCUGGGUGGAUUUACCUAGUAUUGUGAUUAGAUGUCUGGUGGUUGCCAUCAUAGUGACCAUUAUAGCCGUGCCUCUCGCCGCAAAAUAUGGUGCUAUUCUUGGUGGCUACCGCAUCAGUCUCGCCAGCUUCAUUUUCGCCUUCUUUUUCCUGCCAUUCUUUGUCUUUGUUGCUCCAGACGUGACAGGAAUUUCUCAAUCCGCCUACUACGGCUUCCUUUAUGUUUUGCUCCUGGCACAGAACACAUUCUUUUUUAUUGGACUCGCACUUGCAGCUACAUUGCUGAACAUUCAUGUUUCUUCCGAAGACCGUAAUAUUCAAACGGCAAUUGCAAUGGCAGCAUAUGCUGGAAUGGGUUAUUUUGGAACAAUGUUGACUUCUUGGGUGAGGUCUCUGUUCAAUAAUCUGGGACUACAAACAAUCUUCUGGUGGCUUCUUGCCUUGAUUUCGUUGUUUACGCUCCUACAUUCACGCGUGAUUGCCAACUAG